AUGGUGUUUUUGGCGGGAACAGGAACUGUCGGGUCAAACGGCAGGACAGACCUAGGACAGACCCAGGACAGACCCAGGACAGACCCAGGACAGACCCAGGACAGACCCAGGACCGACCCAGGACCGACCCAGGACCGACCAAGGACCGACCCAGGACAGACCCAGGACAGACCCAGGACAGACCCAGGACAGACCCAGGACAGACCCAGGACAGACCCAGGACAGACCCAGGAUAGACCCAGGAUAGACCCAGGACCGACCCAGGACCGACCCAGGACAGACCCAGGACCGACCCAGGACAGACCCAGGACAGACCCAGGACAGACCCAGGACAGACCCUGGACAGACCCAGGACAGACCCAGGACAGACCCAGGACAGACCCAGGACAGACCCAGGACCGACCCAGGACAGACCCAGGACCGACCCAGGACAGACCCAGGACAGACCUAGGACAGACCCAGGACAGACCCGAACCACUGGGCCGGACCUGCCUCAGAACCACUGGGCUGGACCUGCCUCAGAACCACUGGGCUGGACCUGCCUCAGAACCACUGGGCCGGACCUGCCUCAGAACCACUGGGCCGGACCUGCCUCAGAACCACUGGGCUGGACCUGCCUCAGAACCACUGGGCUGGACCUGCCUCAGAACCACUGGGCUGGACCUGUACGGGUGA